AAAAACGCAAAAGGGCUCUUCCGCUGGUACCCCAACAGCACGACAAUGGAGAGCCUAUGGGAAGAUCCCACCCUGAUGCAAAUAUACGAUGGCGAGUCGGCAUUUCCCAAUUCCAGUACCAUAAUCUCGUUACCGAAAGCGGACCAGUGGUUUUAUCUAGACAUCGAAACUCGCGCGCCUAUAGGCCAUCCGAUCCACCUACAUGGGUAUGACUUCUUCAUUCUUUCGCAAGGACAGGGUGCCUGGGAUGGGUCCCCUCGCACUGAGAACCCGCCUCGCCGGGAUACGGCCAUGUUGCCGAGGAAGGCGCAUCUGGUAAUCGCUUUUCAGGCGGAUAAUCCUGGAGCAUGGUUGAUGCAUUGUCAUAUUGGCUGGCAUACUACUGAAGGGCUUGCGCUGCAGUUUGUGGAACGAGCCGACGAGGUCGUGAGUACUAUUGAUUAUGGGCUUCUGCAAGACACGUGCGAUUCCUGGAUUACCGAUGACGGAUUGCACGCCAUCGAGCAAGAGGACUCAGGCGUUUGAGGGAUAUAUGAGUCGUUCCUUGACGGUGUAUGUAUUGUUCAGGCUUGCCGACCAUGGGGAAAAGUGACCAUCUGGCCUAUUCUGGUUAAAU